AUGGCUGAUGAGCAGAAGCCCGUCGCUAACGCGGCCGCCGAGCAGGAUGUCCAGAAUGUCCUUGCCGAGCUGAAGGAGAACGGUGCCUCCGCCGAGACUGAGAACACCGACAAGGUCGACGCCGACGAGGCGCGCAUUGUCGCCGAAGCCGCCAAGCUCGGUGAAAAGUCAGAGCAGUCUGAGGAGAAGUCUCAGCAGCAGCGCGAUUCGCGCCCUCAGCGUGGUGGCCGUGGUGGUCGCUUCACCCGCGCCAACAACGCCAAGUUCGACCCUUCCUCCCAGAAGGAGACUGACGACCCGGUCGAGAUCCGCAAGCAGGUUGAGUUCUAUUUCUCCGAUUCGAACCUGCCAAUGGACAAGUUCCUUCUCUCCAAGGUUGGCGGCAGCGCCAACAACGCCGUGCCCCUCAGCCUCCUUCACUCCUUCAAGCGCAUGCGUCGCUUCCAACCCUUCGAGGCCAUCGUCAAGGCUCUCAAGGACUCGGAUGUCCUGGAGCUGACCGAUGACGACACCGCCAUCAAGCGCAAGGUCCCUCUGCCCGAGUCCGUGAACAACGACAACAACGCAGAGGCCGUCAAGGUCUUUGAGGACAAGGCCAUGGCCCGCAGCAUCUACGCUAAGGGCUUCGGCAACUUCGGCGACGAGGAGUCGACCACCCAGCUCGACAUCGAGGCUUUCUUCGAGCCCUACGGCCCCAUCAAGGCCGUCCGCCUGCGCCGCACUCAGGACAAGACCUUCAAGGCCAGCGUCUUCGUGGAGUUCGCCGACGAGGAGAAGCAGAAGGCCUUCCUGGAGCUUGCCGAGAAGCCCAAGUGGAAUGGCCAGGAGCUCGUCGUGAAGAGCAAGAAGGAGUACUGCGACGAGAAGGUUGCGGACAUCAAGGCCGGCAAGGUCUUCGCCAACACUGGCCGCGGUGGUCGUGGUGGUCGUGGCGGCCGUGGCCGUGGCGGUCGGGGUGGACGCGGUGGUCGUGGUGGUCGCGAUAGCCGCGAUGACAAGCGCGACUGGCGUGAGCGCCGUGAUGAGGACCAGAAGAGCGGCUUCAAGAAGGACGCCCGGGGCGUUCCCGUCGUGCAGGCUACCGGUGAGAAGCGCGCUCGCGAGGAUGAGUCCAACGGUGACCACCCCGCUAAGAAGGUGGAUGCCAAGGAGUAG